GCCGGGGCUGGGGGGGUCUACACCGACCCCUUUUUGGACGCCCCCCUGGCGCCCCCUUCUCCCGGUAUGGCAGCCCCCAAGGGGCGCCGCGGCUCAGAGACUGAGCGGCUGCUGACCCCGGCCCCCGGCUAUGGGUCGUGGGACAGGGGGGAUCCUCCGGGCCCGCUACCACCCUCCCCGCUGCCCGAGGAGGAGGAUCUGCGCCGGCGGCUCAAAUAUUUCUUCAUGAGCCCCUGCGACAAGUUCCGAGCCAAGGGCCGCAAGCCCUUCAAGCUGGUGCUGCAAAUCGGCAAGAUCCUUAUAGUUACCGUUCAGCUCAUCCUGUUUGGACUCAGCAACCAGAUGGUGGUGACUUUCAAAGAGGAAAACACCAUCACCUUUAAGCACCUCUUCUUGAAGGACUACGCCGACGGGGCUGACGACUCCUAUGCCGUCUACACGCAAGACGAUUUCUACCAGUAUAUCUUCUAUGCCGUCGAGCAGUACUUGAAGAUCUCCGAGAUGACCCUUGGGCGCUAUGCCUACGUACCCGGCGGGGGUGGGCCUGGAAGCAAUGGCUCAGCCCUGGCGCUGUGCCAGCAGUACUACCGCCACGGCCACAUUGACCCGGCCAACGACACCUUCAACAUCGACCCGUUGGUCAUCUCCGACUGCAUCGGGGUGGACCCCAUGGAGCGGAUCCCGCCCCGCCCGGACGAGGAGGCCCUGCCUCCCCUGCUGCUCACAUUGGACAGCAGCUACAGGAAUCUCACCCUCAAGUUCCACAAGCUGAUCAACGUCACCAUCCGCUUCCAACUCAAAGCCAUCAACAUCCAGACGAUCAUCAACAACGAGAUCCCAGACUGUUACACCUUCACCAUCCUGAUCACCUUUGACAACAAAGCCCACAGUGGACGGGUGUGCAUCGGGCUGGAGACCAGGGCCCACAUCCAGGAGUGUAAAGACCCCAGGGUCUAUGGCUGGGGGGACAACAACUUCCGCCUGUUCUUUGACGUGAUGGUGAUCCUGACCUGUUCCCUCUCUUUCUUGCUGUGUGCCCGCUCCCUACUGCGAGGGUUCCUGCUGCAGAAUGAGUUCUCCCGUUUCCUUUGGCGGCACCGGGGCGUGGCAGUGAGUCUUUGGGAGCGACUGGAGUUUGUGAAUGGCUGGUACAUCCUGCUGGUGGCCAGCGACGUGCUCACCCUCUCGGGCACCGUGAUGAAGAUUGGCAUCGAGGCCAAGAACCUGGCCAGUUACGACGUCUGCAGUAUCUUGCUGGGAACCUCCACGCUGCUGGUCUGGGUCGGCGUCAUCCGCUACCUUACCUUCUUCCAGAAAUACAACGUCCUCAUCGCCACACUCCGGAUUGCCCUACCAAACGUCAUGCGGUUCUGCUGCUGUGUGGCCGUCAUCUACCUGGGCUACUGCUUCUGUGGCUGGAUUGUGCUGGGACCGUACCAUGUCAAGUUCCGCUCGCUGUCCAUGGUAUCCGAGUGCCUCUUCUCCCUCAUCAACGGAGAUGACAUGUUUGUGACCUUUGCGGCCAUGCAAGCCCAACAGCAGCAGCAGCAGCACAGUUGGCUGGUUUGGCUCUUCUCCCAGGUCUACCUGUAUUCUUUCAUCAGCCUCUUCAUCUACAUGGUGCUCAGCCUCUUCAUCGCCCUCAUCACUGGCUCCUACGAGACUAUCAAGCACCAGUGUGAGGGGGAGGCCCAGGUGAGCCAGCUCCAGGCUUACAUUGCCCAAUGCCAAGACAGUCCCACCUCGGGCAAGUUCCGCCGGGGCAGCGGCUCGGCCUGCAGUUUGCUCUGCUGCUGCACCAGGGAUCCUCUGGAGGAGACCUCACGGCUGGUGAACUGAGUCUGAAUCUUCUUUCCCAACGCACAAAGGGCUCCAGGCCCCCCUGCACUUUUUUUUUUAAAUGGAUUUUUAACUCCCAACAGCCACUUCCCCGCCCCAGCCCCCUGAACCGGGGCCCUGUCUCGGCCCCAGAGAAUGGGAUCGGGGAGAGUGGGAACAGAGCAGUGGAUAAUGGGCUCCCUGGCUCCUUAUUUAUUUUUUUUAAAGUGCGCUUUUAGGAAAUGUUACCCUGGCUUUCCCCUCCCCUCUCCCCACCCUUUCCCUGACUCGUCCCACUCCCUGGGAAACUGGUCUCCGUCGUAUGCUGUUACAUCCAUGCCCUCCUAGGAAUGGCUUGUGCCCUGCAGUGAAUCUUGAAUCACCACCCCUCCCCACCAACCUUCCAGCCUGUCGCCUUCUGCACGUGGGUAACAGCUGUGUCUUGUCUUCACUGCUGCACUCGCCCCCCCCCCCCCCCC